CACGCAUGGCCGAGCCAUUGCGGAGUAGCAAAUUCACAUUCACUCACGACCCUUGGAACUCUUGUAGAGACGCAAAUGAUUUACUCCAAUUUCUUGCUUUCUAUCGUAUAUAUAUCCAACGCCGACGCUCUCCUCGAUUUCCAUGUCUUCAGUUCGUAGAUUGGUGAUGGCGGCUGCCUCUAACUCUGUGUCGCUGAAGCACGGGCUCUCUCUGUGGUGCCCCAACUCUGGUCCUCUUCGCGGACCUCACCGGCCUUCCUCGGUUGCCUUCAGAGGCUUCCGGAGAAGCUACGUUGCUGCCUCCACGGCUUUCGCCAACGAGAAUAGAGAGUUUGUGAUUGUUGGUGGCGGCAAUGCUGCUGGUUAUGCGGCUCGUACUUUUGUUGAGCACGGUAUGGCCGAUGGACGGCUUUGUAUAGUAUCUAAAGAGGCAUUUGCGCCAUACGAGCGUCCGGCUCUCACAAAAGGUUACUUGUUUCCUCUCGAUAAGAAACCAGCUCGCCUGCCUGGGUUUCAUACUUGUGUUGGAUCUGGUGGGGAAAGACAAACUCCGGAAUGGUACAAGGAUAAAGGUAUUGAGACGUUUUAUCAAGAUCAAGUUACGGGUAUUGACAUAGAAAACCAAACCCUGAAUACUACUUCAGGAAAACUGCUCAAGUAUGGAUCCCUUCUAAUAGCAACAGGAUGUACAGCCUCGAGAUUUCCAGAUAGGAUUGGUGGCGGACUACCAGGUGUUCACUACAUCCGAGAUGUUGCAGAUGCAGAUUCACUUAUAUCGUCAUUGGAGAAAGCACAAAAGGUCGUGGUUGUUGGUGGUGGUUAUAUUGGUAUGGAAGUUGCUGCGGCAGCUGUUGGUUGGAAACUGGAUACAACGGUCAUAUUUCCUGAGGACCAUCUGUUACAAAGACUUUUUACACCUUCACUGGCCAGAAAAUACGAGGAAUUUUACCAGGAGAAUGGUGUCAAAUUCUUAAAGGGGGCCUCCAUAAAACAUUUGGAAGCUGGUGCAAAUGGUUGUGUCACUUCUGUUAAACUUGAGGAUGGAUCCUCCAUAGAAGCAGACACGGUAGUAAUCGGCAUUGGUGCAAAGCCUGCUGUUGGUCCGUUUGAGCGAGUAGGGUUAAAUAGCAGUGUUGGUGGUAUACAGGUUGAUGGCCUGUUCAGAACAAAGAUACCAGGAAUUUUUGCAGUUGGAGAUGUGGCAGCAUUCCCAUUAAAGCUGUAUGACCGUGUAGCUCGGGUUGAACACGUGGAUCAUGCUCGUCGAUCAGCUCAGCAUUGUGUCAAAGCUUUAUUAACUGCUCAAACUCAAACAUACGAUUAUCUUCCAUACUUCUACUCAAGGGUGUUUGAAUAUGAAGGAAGCCCUAGGAAAAUAUGGUGGCAAUUUUUCGGGGAUAAUGUUGGUGAGACAGUUGAAAUUGGGAACUUCGAUCCCAAAAUUGCUACUUUCUGGAUUCAUUCUGGUAAAUUAAAAGGGGUUCUUCUUGAAAGCGGAAGUCCUGAGGAAUUUGAACUUCUUCCCAAACUGGCAAGGUUGCAGCCUUUGGUUGAUAAGGCUAAACUUCAAAGUGCGUCUUCAGUUGAGGAAGCGCUGGAUAUUGCCCGAGCAUCCUUACAGCAGGUUGGAGUUGCAGUUUAAUUUAUAAUGAAAUGUUUGACCUUUGCAGUUCAAUCAGUAAUAAAAGAUUUUCGGUUGUUGAAUUUUCUCAGCUAUUUGGUUAUUAUUCUCAUUCCUUCA